AUGAUUUGUGAUUCAACCUGUUAAACUUGUGAUGGUCCUAACUUUAAUAAUUGUUAAUCUUGUCAAACAGGAUUAUACUAUAAUUUUUCUACUAAAUAGUGUCUUUGUGAUUCAACAUGCAAAACUUGUAAUGGCCCAAAUUCUAAUAACUGCUUAUCUUGUAAUACAGGAAUAUACUAUAAUUCAUCUACUAAAUAGUGUCUUUGUGAUUCAACAUGCAAAACUUGCAAUGGCCCAAAUUCUAAUAACUGCUUAUCUUGCAAUACCGGAUUAUACUACAAUUAACUAACCUAAGAAUGUAAAUGUGAUCCAACCUGUAAAACUUGUGAUGGCCCAAACUCAAACAACUGUUUGUCUUGCGACCCUAUAUAUUACUAUAAUUAAUCCACAAAAUAGUGUAUUAUUUGUGAUUCAACAUGUAAAACUUGUGAUGGCCCACAAUCAAGCAAUUGCUUAUCUUGCUAAACCGGCAUAUACUACAAUUAAUCCACUAAAUAAUGUAUUUGUGAUUUAACCUGUAAAACUUGUGAUGGUCCAAAUUCUCAUAGCUGCUUAUCUUGUAACCCUAUAUAUUACUAUAAUUAAUCCACAAAAUAGUGUAUUAUUUGUGAUUCAACAUGUAAAACUUGUGAUGGCCCACAAUCAAGCAAUUGCUUAUCUUGCUAAACCGGCAUAUACUACAAUUAAUCCACUAAAUAAUGUAUUUGUGAUUCAACCUGUAAAACUUGUGAUGGUCCAAAUUCUCAUAGCUGCUUAUCUUGCGACCCUAUAUAUUACUAUAAUUAAUCCUCAAAAGAAUGUAUUAUCUGUGAUUCAACAUGUAAAACAUGUGAUGGCCCAAAUACAAAUAACUGCUUAUCUUGUAGCUCUGGACUUUAUUAUUAGUAAACAACAAAGGAGUGUGUAAAAUCUUGUAAUAAAAACUAGUUUCCGAAUUUAUUAUUACAAUAAUGCUAAUUGUGUGAUAUUACUUGUGCAAGUUGUGAUGGAAAGGACCCAAAUAAUUGUUUAAGUUGCUAACCUAACACCUUUCUCUACAACAAAACUUGUGUUAGCAAUUGUCCAAAUGGGUUUAAAAGUAAUAUCAUUACUCUCACAUGUGAUUCAUGCUAAAACUAUUGGAGCCUAUAAUGCAAUCCCUGCGAUCCCAGUUGCAAACUAUGUGAUUAACCAUAUAUUUAAAAUGGAAAAUGUCAGACUUGUUAUGAUGAAACAAGAUAAUUCGAUGUUUCGAGUAAGUUGUGUGUUUGCAGAAACAAAAAUGAUUCAAGAAAUAUACUUUAUUAAUGCAGCUAUUAAAAUAUUGCUGUAGUUGAUGCAAAAUUAAGUGCUACUUCGCCAUAUCUUUCAAUUGAUUUUGGAUCUCCAUUGAUGAAUAUAUUAUCAGACACACCUUAGUCUCUGUGCUCAUAGAUAUUUGACAAAGCAACUUUAGACAUGAUUGGGUAAGAUUCUUAAUGCGAAAUCAGUGGAAAUAAAAUUAAGGUUAAUUUAACUGACUCAUCAACAAUGAUGGAAAAUAACUCAAUUGUUUUCUUGCAAAAUAAGUUACAGUUUGUAGAUUAUAGUGACUAGUUCAUUAAUGUCUUUUAUAGAAAUAUUACAUUCUAAGAUCCUCCUGGAAUUCCUUAACUUUAAUUUAGCUAUAACCACAUAGAAAAUAGCUGCAACCCUAUAAAUAUAACUCUUUAUAAUCUAUAAAAUGAUGCAGGAAGAAAAUUUAUGAGUCUAAAUUGGACCUUAAAUCAAAUUGUAGGAUCCAUAAGCAAUGAGCAGCAAGACAUUAUUAAGGAGAUAUUACUAAAAGCUAGCUCAAACAAAACAACUAGUUUAAUUAUAGAUUCUAAAUUCAUACCUCCAAAUAUUAAUAUUACUAUAUCAUUUAGCUACUUCCUUAAGGUUAACUAAACUGGUACUUAAACUUUCACAAUUAUUUAUCAAAAAUAAAAAUUGAUAAGAAUCAACCAUUAGUAAUCUCUAUAUCCACCAAUUUAUAGAUUUAUGAGCUUGAGUUUCUACUUUUAGUUUUACAUUGAGUCGUGUGAGUUAGGCCAAAUAACUUAUUUUAAUGAACCUGUUGACUUAUAACUAGUUUCUAACCAGCUUUAAAAGCAAAGCCUAAGUCAAUAUAAUUAAUCAAGCUUUCAAUAUGAUAUUCUCCCUUAUUCCUUAGCAUCUAACUAAUUCUUUAAUAUGAGCCUGAUUUUGAAUUUGAGUUCGGAUAAUAGGAUUGCUGCAAUCUAAAAUAUAUCAGCUAGUGUAUAAAUUACAGAUUUGUAUUUGCAAAUUAUCGGAGGCCCAAGCUUUGUUUAGGGCUAUCAAAAUAAAAUGGUCUUAGAUACAGAAUCGAGAGAUUAUGAGAUUUAAGAUUAGAAUUCCCUUUCAAAUAUCAACAUAAGUUGGAAGUGCUCAAGUCUAUCUUCUGCUGAUCAUAUCUGCUAUGAUUAAUAGAAUAACUAAAUUUAAUUUCAAUAAGGAGCCAGCAGUAUUUCAUUUCCUGCUAAAACGUUUUAGCCAUACACUGCAGUUUAAUUUAUAGUAUCUGGAUAAAAAGAUUCUAGGCAAACAAGUUACACCACUACUUGCAUAUUCACAGAAUUAGAUAUUCCUCCAUUAAAAAUUGUAUUAGCAGCAACAAGCAGAAACAGAAAAAUUAAUUUGAAUGAUGACCUUAAUUUUUAAAUAAUUUAUGGUGAGAAUAUUGCUUCAGAUUACUUGUCUUAUGCUGGAGCUAUAAUAUAUGAUGGUAAUGCAGUUGCAGCCCUCAAAUUCGAUUAUUUCCAAAUUAGAUUCAGAAUUUGGAACUAUUUUUAAAAAAUAAGUCCCUUAAAGCCAACACUUUAAAUAAGAUUUUCAGUGUAUAAUCCUUUAUUUGUUAUGCCGAGCUCGUCUAUAAUUACCAUUUAAAUAAAUAUUCCUCCUUAGAAUUGCAUUUUAAAUAUUAAUCCUUUGUAGGGCAUAGCGCUUGAGACCAUCUUUUAAAUUUAGUUUUUGAAUUGUACAGAUGAAGAUCUUCCUCUAACUUACUAGUUCUUCUAUUAUAAUAGUAUAGAUGAUGCCCAGCAAGAAUUGGUUACUCCUUGGAACAUAUUGAGAAGAUAAAUAUAAGACUAGACUUUAAACAACUCGAUAUAAACAGUACUACCUAAUGGGAAUCUAAUUGUUAUGGCAUAAGUUAUGGAUUCUUACCUAGGAGUUUAUAAUACCUCUUCUGUAAUAUAGGUUCAAGCUUAGAAUAAAUCAGCUGACGAAUAUUAUAAACUGGUCAAUUAACUCACUUCAUAAACUUUUUAGAGCCCAAAUUAAGAAAUCACUAAGUAACUAGUGACUUUAAGCAUCAUAGCAGAAGAUAUUAGUAAAAGCAAUUAACAUACAUAAUAAUUGAGUGAUUUAGUUAGUCUACUAACUUAAAAUAUAUAGUAAUUGUCUUUCUAAAUACCUAAAUUCUCACUUUUAUCAACGUUUGCGAACAAAGUAACUGCUUAGUUAUCAUAACUAAUAUUUAACUCAUCUUCCUAAAGCGAUAUUACCACAUAAAAAAAUAAAAUAUUUGAUUAACUGUAAAAAAUACUUCAAAAUACUAAUUCAAGUAUAUAAAGUAGUAAUCUUAGCCAUUUGCAACAAAAUAAUGAUAUUCAAAUUUAAAAUAUGGUAGAUUCUUUUAAAAUUCUAAACUCAAGUGUUAGUUUGUGGAGUAAUAACUCAUAGGAAGAUUAUUAAUCCUACGAUAAAAUAUCAAAUUAGAUAGGAAAUCUGCUUAAUAAUAUUAGUAUACCAAACUAAGGACAAAUUAUUCUAAAUGGCAGCUUGUCCACACUUUUAUCAGAUGUAGUAACAUAAAAGAAUCUAUUCAAAUAUAUUAUAACUGUAGAUGAAAGCAAUUCAGUAAAUUAAACUAGCAUAUUUAGCAUAACAAGAAAUAAUUAUAAGCAAAAUAUUUAUGAAAAUACUUCAUAUUUUUAGUCAUACACACAGCAAUUCAAAAAUAUUAUUUAAAACUUCACUUACUCUAAGAAUGAAGUAAUAUCACCCUAGAUUUAUAAUUUAUCUUCUUAAUAAACUUUUAAUCAGUCUAAUAUAGUUUAUUAGUUUAAUGAUGCAAAUUCUAGUAAGUUAUAUAAUAUGACAUGUCUUUAAUAAAAUGAUCUUUAAUGGAGCAAAAAAAAUUGUGGGAUCAGUAAGAAUAGUUAAAAUAGUUACAUGUGCUUAUGUGAAUCUUAAAAACCAACAACUAUCAUUGAAGAUAUUGAUGACAUGCUCUUAAAAAAUAAAAAUCUAUAGACAGCAUUUGGAGAAUAAGGGUUAUUAAAUAUAGCAAACUUUAAAAACUUUUAUAAGUAUGUAGUAUUUUGGCUAUUGACGAGUUUCACUUUGAUUCAAAUUAUUUUAUUUAUCAUUGGAAAAUACUUAGACAAAUACUCAGUAAAAAGACGAUACUCAAAAGUUCAUAAUCAAGAACUUAAUAAUUAAUAGUAAAAUGAAAUUUAAGAGUAAGACAUUUGUGAAAAUUCUUAAAUAAUAAAUAAUGGUGUGUUCCAGGAACCUCCUUUUAAUAAUUAGCUUUAAAGCAACAAUAAAAUCUAACCAGAAAUUUAGUAAAAUCAAUAGAUUUCAUCACCUUUUGAUGAAAAUAUACGUACUUAUAAUAAUGGAAGAAGAAAAAGAUAAAAAUUCUACAACUCAUAAAUAUUACAAACCUAAAGAACUUUAAAGCAAUGUUAAGAAUAAAUUAUUGAAAAGAAUGAAGAGAUGCCUGCUGAAUCUAAUUAAUUAUAAAUAAUUAAAUCAUAAUCAAGUACUAGAAGUAUUGAAAAAAUGAAAACUCAAACAAACUCACAAGCUUAAAUAAAAGAGGUUUAAGAUGAAGAAGAAAUCUAAAAAAUCAAUGCUUAUUUGUAACUUUCUAAAGUGAAAAAGAUAGCCAUCUUUCAUUAAUUCUUUAGUAUUUUUUGUAUUUAUGAUAAUAUCCUUUAACGACCAUUAAGAUUCACUUUGCUUUACUUAAAAGUAUUACACACUUUAGUUAUUUCAAUAUUAUUCUAAGGUUAUAAUAUGCUAGAUUAGCAGAUAGUAAUAUCCAUAAUUAACAGCUCAAUAAUGAAGACCGCCUUUUUUGGAAUUAUAUAUGCAUUCAAGAAGGGUUCAAUAGGUAAAGUAAUAUCUCUAAUUUUGCAAAUAGGAAUAAGCUUAGUUUAUUUCUAUCUUGUUUUAGCAGUAUCUAGCGGUAAAACACCAAGUGAGUCGAAUUAAUUUAUAAUCCUAUUUAUAGUAUCUUUUCUAAUAGAGAUGGUUUUCUUAGAGCUAAUAAAGGUAUUUUGUAUGAUCUAGUUGAUUCAAAAAUACAUAAAAAACAAUGAAUCCGAAAAUAUUUUCAGUAAAUUGUAUGCUUUAUUAGAUUUAAAAUAAACAAUAAUUAAUAUAGAUGUUUGA